GGCAAGGGCGGCUGAAUGUCGAGGGGCGUUUUCAGUGGGGCUCUGCCAUCUGUCACCCUGGCCCUUCUCUGCUUGGACGGUGUCUUCCUCUCCUCGGCCGAAAAUGACUUUGUCCACCGGGUCCAGGAGGAGCUGGAUCGCUUCCUGCUGCAGAAGCAGCUAUCCAAGGUCCUUCUUUUCCCGCCGGUCUCCAGCCGCUUGCGGUACCUGAUCCACAGAACAGCAGAGAAUUUUGAUCUCUUGAGCAGCUUCUCUGUUGGGGAGGGCUGGAAAAGGAGGACGGUCGUCUGUCACCAGGACAUCAGGGUACCCAGUUCAGACGGCCCCUCUGGUCCCUGCCGCCCUCCUGCCUCCCAUCCCAGCAAGUACCGAGGUCCUCGGCACACCUCACAUCAGGGAGCAGCUGCUGGUCCCCGAGGUGCUCCUGCGGGCCGAUGGCAUCGUGGACGUAAGCCGGACCAGCCUUUGUAUGUGCCCCGGGUGCUACGCAGGGAGGAUGAACCAGAGGCAUCCUCCAUCCCUGGCCUCAAGGGAGUGGACCCAGCCGGUGGAGUUUCUGAAGAUCCUAGAGGGGCCGGUGCUGGGGACCCUGAGGCUGAUCAGGAAGUUCCCAUGUUGGUGACUCAGGGAACAGAGCUCUUGAAGAGCCCAGAUCCAGGCUAUGCAAAUGACCCAGAGCUAGAGCUGGGUGGCACUGAGCCCUCUGAGAAUCCUUCUAAGAAGGAGCAAGGGGCGGAGACAACCACACAGCAGGGGUCCAGCCCUCAGCUGGCCAUGCAGGAGGAAAACAGGAGACAUCUGGUGCAGAGCCUUUUGGAUCACACGGAGGAAAAGGUAGAGGGAGAGGAGAAAGAGAAGGUGGAUGAGGAAGAAGAGGAUGUAGCCAAGCAGGAAGAGAAGGUAGAUGAUGUGGAAGAGAAGACUGAUGCUCAGAAAGGCAAGGUGUAUGAGGUGGAAGAGAAGGUGGAUGGAGGUGAAGAAAAGGUGGAUGGAGAAGAAGAGGACCAGAAUGAUGGUGCCAACCACGAUGAUUUCAGUGAGCUGCUACAGGAGAUCACAGCCAACCUGACUGAAAAGGAGAUUGAAAUAGAGAAGAUCCACCUGGACACCUCCGCCUUCGCCGAAGAACUGCCCGGGGAGAGGGACUUGGCCCACGUGGUGGAGAUCUACGACUUUAAGCCAGCACUCAAAACUGAGGACCUGCUGGCCACCUUCUCUGAGUUCCAAGAGAAGGGAUUCAAGAUCCAGUGGGUAGAUGACACCCACGCCAUCGGUAUCUUUCCCUGCCAGGCCUCAGCUGCUGAGGCCCUGGCCAAGGAUUUCUCUGUGCUCAAGAUCCGGCCGCUCACACAGGGAAGCAAGCAGUCCAAGCUCAGAGCCUUGCAGAGGCCAAAGCUCCUGCAACUAGCGAAGGAGAGGCCACAGACAGAUUCGGCAGUGGCCCGCAGGCUGGUGGCCCGUGCCUUAGGGCUCCAACACAACAGAAAGAAAGAACUGCCUGCUGCCCCAAGUCUGCCAUCUUGAGGCCCCAGGCCCUGCUCCAGACUAGGCCGAGCUCUAACACCACACGCCUUUACAGACACCAAGACAGCUCCUUGACCUCACUAGAGCUGCUGUGGGGCACAGCAGGCUUUAGUUGAUCUGGUCCCAGAAAUUGAGAAGAAAUAAAAAAAAUUUACGGUUGUUA